UACAAUAGGUUGCCUAUUCUUUGUGUAUAUGACAAUAUGAUGGUUUAUAAAAUAUUUAUUCCAGAGACWACUCAAUGUGUGUUUGCAGAAAUACAGCUGGUAAAAAUAUGAACCUCAUGUUAAUGCUAGUAAAUUGGUUAUACUAACAAUGUCCAUGUUAGGAAAUUAGUGGAAAGCUUUGGAUAAACAGUAAACAAUAUAGUUCUAUUGUGUUAUUGUACCUCAGACAAACUUGUGACAUUUGAAAGUUUUAGCAUAAACAUCCUUAAGAGUCUAUUGACACACCUGUGCCUCAAUCUAAGUACCAUAAUAAAGACAAUUCCCACCAAAAUCCAUCAGUUUAAGCUAGAGAUCUGUUUUUUCAUUGGCAAUCCACCGCAUCCGCCUAUGUCGCCUUCCGCAACUGAAGAUCGCUGAGCUACAGCUGCGUUUGUCAAACCAUGAGGUUUGGCCAUCUAAUAUGACCACUCUAUGGAAAGAUGAAGAUCCCAUGAACACGAUGGUGAUCUCCGUUUUGUUCAAUGAGCCCCACAAAUGUCACAGGGCUCGUCUGAAGGAAAACUGUCUCUUUUUGGUGGGCCACCCCAUCCCCCUGCAUCACCAUGUCCAAGUACCUGAGGCAUUUCACCACGGUGGGUGACGACCACACAGCCCAGUGGCAGGAUGAGAAGCUACAUGAAGCUAGUGAGGAGCUGGGACCAGCCACAGGACAGAUGCCCCAGGGGGAACUCUCCUUCAGAGACUCCCUGAAGAUGCUCUACAGCUCCGACAAAUUCCAGAUAGUUGUGGUGUGCCUGGUCGUCCUGGAUGCCAUCUUUGUGCUGGUCGAGCUACUGUUUGACCUAACAAUCAUCAAUUUGGAGCAUGGACACAUUGCCCCUCAGGUGUUCCACUACCUGAGUCUGGCUCUUCUCACCUUCUUCAUGGUGGAGCUGGCUGGGAAGCUCUUUGCUUACCAGCUGGAKUUCUUCCAUCACAAGUUUGAGGUAUUUGACGGGCUGGUAGUGAUUGUGUCCUUCAUCCUGGACAUUGUGUAUAUCGCCAGUGAAGAUGCCUUCAUGGGCCUCCUGAUCCUCCUCAGGCUCUGGAGGGUGGCCAGGAUAGUCAACGGUAUCCUGGUGUCUGUGAAGGCAAGGGCCGAUCACAAAGUUCACAAACUGAAGGAGAGCAAUGAUCAACUGGUCCAGCGAGUUAGCGAGCUACAAGAGCGCAGCGGCAAGACGGAACAAGAGAACAGUAAACUGCGGGCUCUCCUGCGACAGCAUGACAUUGAGUACUGAUGCAGGAAGAGGAACAAGAUGCCAUUUUCAUUAUCCACUUCUAAAGUUUUAUUGGAAUUGAUCAAUAAACAAGGGCAUAUUCUGAAAAGUAUUGACCAUCCAUACACCAUUUGUGUCAGUAAUUCCACCAUGACAGGAGCUUACACUGCCCAGAUAGAUACUAGCCUGGUCCCAAAUCUGUUUGUACUCUUGCCAACUCAAUUGCUAUCAUUGUCAAACCAAACAUUUGGCAUGACAAUGAAUGACAAGGAGUUGGUAAUAUAGCACAAAGACUGGCACUUAGGCUAGAUAGAUUCCACAUGAUUAGGUCAACCUUCCAACCAUUAUCUGCAUAUUUAAGCAGAUCAUAAAAGCUGAUCAGACUUCAUAUGCCAGUAUCUCACAAUGCAAUGAGCAUACGUCUUAUUUGAUAUAUAUAUAUAUAUAUAUAUAUGUGCUAUGCCUUUAUUCAGCUAAUCAAUGAAUUGACAGCUAAUAUUUUGUACAUAAGAUCCUGUAAUGAAUUUGUUGCAUCUUGCUGUUUUUCUGAAUACCCAUUGCUUGCUAUGCAAAGACAAUACAAGUAUGAAUCACUAUGAAAGUAUUAUUAAAUGUUGCUUUAUUGAUUUUUUUUAAUACUCUCUCAUUUGAUCUAAACUACAGUAUGUACAAAUAAAUAAAAGGUUGUUGCUAACAGCAGCUGAGUAGCA